GAUAGUUGGUGUGUAUUUUGUUUGAGAGCAGGAUGACAGAUCACUCGCCACAUCGGGUAACGAGUACGCGCAAUGUGUGUUUGAUGGCGAAGGAGUAAAUGGAAAAACGAGUACAGCAACCAUUAAUUCACAGUGUGAUGGAGAUACACGUCGGUUUUAGUAGUGACUGCGUUCGUUCGAUUUCGGAUGUGCAAAGUAAAAAAAUAUUACUUUAUAGUGAAUAAAUAUUUUUUAAAAAGCGCAGUAUAAAAAAAUCGCUAUCGCGGCCGCCAUUGUUUUAGUGCGCAUAGUAUGAAAACGGCAUUAGUGUUUGCUAUACGAGGAGUGCGGGGAUAACAAAGUGAAAUUUUAAAAUUACUAAAAUUCAAAGCAAGCGGAGUAAGAAUUUGUUGGGGAAAAAUUUUUCUCACAAAUGUCGAAUUGGCUUUUGUUAUCCAUAUAGUGGUUUUCGUUGUUUUUGUAAUUCUACAGUGAACAUACUCGUUCAUUUCGUCUCUAAUUAAAUCUAAAAGAGAAUCCGGAAAAAAUAAAGGCGGCCAUAAUUACAAAAAAAUAAUAAUUUGAAAUAGUUGCGAAUAUUUAAUGUUUGAUAUAAAGUUUUCAAUUUAGAACUUACUUGAAGUGCAUAAGUGGGUUUUAAAGUUUACUGAAUACAUUAUAAAACCUAAAACAAAAAAAAAAAAAUUUCAAAGUAAAUAGUGUAUGAAAGUACCCAAUCGAAAUUCUGUUCCCGUUUCGUGGUGAAAGAAGAGGAAGAAUUGUACCAAAGCUAAACCCCUAGCAAGCAGUAUGGCGCGAUUAUGAUUUUGUGAUUUCGUCAAAAGGUUUAAAUUUAAAUGAUAUACUCCCAAUUUGCAGUAUUGAAAAAGCUCGCGCUCUUAUAAAUUUUCAACAAAUUUUUUGAAUGUAUUGUGUUAGAAGGAAGCCUCUUCAUUCUAUCCGAUAUUUACUGGAUAUUACAAUCUUGCAAUUAUCUUUUGAACCUCAAUUCUACAUAUGCGAAAGAGAUCAGCUCAUUUGUGCAAAAAGGAAAAGAAUAUUCACAUCGACAUAGAAAAGUUUAUAAACAGGUAGCAAACACUGUUUAAUUUAUAGACCCAGAAAGAAAAAAACAAACAUUAAAAAUUGAGAAGUCAAUUGAUACAACGACGCGCGCAAUACGCAGGCGCAGUCAACGAGUUGGCAGUGGUCGUGGUGUUGAGAACGAAACGGUGGCGGUGGACAGUGGAAUCAACGCCAGCGCAUUGACAGACGCUGCGUAUGAUAGUAUCGUGGCUGCUGACGCUGCGAUCAUCGAGAAGCCAGAUGAAGCAGCUUCUGGUAGUAAAACUAUGGCACCAGCGCUCAACGAGCCAAUGAGCCCCACGGAAAAACUUUCCAACUCGACGGCAAAAGUCGCACCACCAUCUCGUUCGACUAAAAGUGCUACCGAAUCAGUCUCAACAACGUCGACAUCCCUCAACACCAAUAGUGAACWAAAAGUGAAAGGAUACCGUCGAUCUUCGGCCUCUACUCCAACACCGUCAUCCUCGACAUCUAAUUCGACACGGAUAACCAGAUCAAAGGACGCUUAUCAACGAGUUUUUGAACAAGCAGUCUCGCCAACUUCUUUAGUUGCGCAAAAAUCGAAACAAUUAAUCAACACCUUGGCAGACAAGAAAAACACAACGGUACUAGAUACCAGUUUGGCAGACGGUGAGAAAAGGGAGACUCAAAAGGAAGAUAMCACCAGUAAUGAGCCAAUGGGCCUAAGCGUAAUUCCACACAAUAAGAGCAUUAGUAUUGGUAAUGACAAAAAUAUUGUCGAGGCAAUAUUUUCGGACGCAGAGGCGAGUGAGACGCUCUGCAAAGAAACCGAAUCUAAUAUUAACAAUAAUAACAAUACCAGUAUAAGCUGUAAAAGUAAUUCAACGGAACAGCUUUUAGCCGAUUUGACAAAUGAUAUUGAAGAGAGCAUAACAACGAAAGUUUGUAUUCGUAAACAUCUUCAAGAAGUCGCAGUGGGGAAGAACGGCUCAAAUAAAUCAAAUGUUCUAACAAGUACAAAUUCGGAGACGAAAGAAUUCACCAAUCUAAAAAUUUGUGGAAAAGAAGCAAAUAAAAUAAACGCUGCUGUAAGUCCGAGUAUCGCACAAUCUUCACAAGGAGACGAACGCCAACAUAUGGAAGUAGAGUUACUUACUGAAUGUAAUGAAAAAAGCGAAAAUUGUAUAGGAUCCUCCAAAGCGCAAGCACAAAAGAUAACAAUAAGCAAGGAGAAAACAAGAUUUAGUGAUGUGACUGUAACCACUCAGGGGCUAUCAAAGGUUACACCGACUAUUCCAAAUGAAGAAGUAAAUGCUGAUUCUGUGAAGGGAAACUCGGGAACUUUGAAAUCAGAUGCUACAACGCGUAUUCAAAUAUUGUCGGUGGACGUUCUGCCGCCAAUAAGUACAGAUUCAACUAUGACUGCCUCUGAAGUGGAGGAUAAUCUUGAAGAGCGAUUAAGUCAGUUGGAUGGUACGGCCAUGGCAUCGCCAACUUGUGAUGAGGGCAUUACUCCAGUAAGCGGAAGCAUUGUAAACCUCCCUGUAUCAACUACGCCACCGUGUACACCAACAAAGCAUCAAACACAUCACCAACAGGUGCAGCAGUUGCAGCUGCAAUUGCAACAAACCCCACCAACGCCAUUAUCGAAUCAAGUACGCCAGCUACAACACUCUUUUACACCGCAAAGUAGCACAUCGUCGGUGAAUACAUUGAAUAGCACGAAUUUGCCACCAGCGUUUAUGAAAGAGGGUGGUGCCGGGGAACUAGAGGAUCAAGAUUUAGAGGAGGUGUUGAAAGUUCUUAAAGGUUUCGAUGGUAGCGCUGGCGCUGAUACGCUCUGCGACUUAAAUGUACUAUUUAACGAAGAGUACACACUAUACGAAGACGUCGGCAGCCAAGUUGCAUCUACAUCGAACAAACCAAGCCCCUUAAAGGAAAUGCAAAGUGAAAUCGAGCGUAAUCAACAAGCGAUGCAUCGCAAAAUCGAUUUUCUAUUAAGGCGCUUGCGAAAAAUACAAUCGCGUUAUAUGAGCAAGCAUUGCAGCGAAGAAAUUGCUGGCUUGUUUGAGUGGACAGCACGUAUAUCUGUGGGUAAAGGUAAUGCCAUGAAUAGAGUUUCGGAUUUAUUAUGUCCUGAUACCGCAAUCAGUGUCAUAGCAGCGAGACCUCCCGCCAAUAAUUGGGCAGAUGAAAAGAAUCCUGUGGCUUCAACACAAAUGACAACUAUGUUACGGCGCUUAGAACAGUCUUCGAAUGCCCAACAGCUGUGCAUGGUUCCCACAAAUAGCAAUUUGAGUGUGGCAAGUACGCAAAUGUCGCGUAAAUCUAAGAAGGCAUUAUUACAAGAUAUGCAAACGGCUUCGUCAAUGUCCACAGCGACGACGUCAUUAUCGRCGUCGGUUGAACGUAAAGGAGAAAUUGUGGUUCCCAAUUACGAUAUAAAUGUCAGCGAAGAGUUGGCUCAGGUUGCUGGGCUGCUGCAAACAGAAAUGCGUGAGGUGCAGACGGCAAUGGACUCGGAUGCGACAGAAUCAAGUUCUGGUGGUGAAUCUGCCGAUGAAAUGGUCACCUAUAAUAAUCAAAUACAACAGCCAUUAGCCAUUGCAAAGCGUGCAGCAUGGCGGUAUUCACGUGAUCGAGCAGCGAUAGCCGCGCGUUGGUCAUGGCUACUUUCACAAAUAGCAGAUUUAGAAAUAAAAAUACGGCAACACACUGAACUACGACAAGAAAUUGUACGAACCAAGGGGUCAGUGGUAUGCGGUCAAGAUGAACCACACGUUGCUACGAAUGAUAGUAGUCUCAAAACAAGUGAAGUCUCUGCAAUCAAUAUAACAACAUCUGUUAAUGGUUACAAAGGGAAUCUGGUAGGCAACACAAGCAGUAAACUUGAUAUAGGCGAAGCGGAUGGAACGGGACUGAUGGGGACUGCCCGCACCCGCGGUUUUGUGCCAUCGCUUUUCCGUAAACGUAAACUCCUUCAAACACAGAGUCUGCACACAAUUUCUAAGAAGGCUGCGCGACCAAGUAACAUCAAAUGUGGUUGCCAGUGGCCAUUCAAUCCUUGUGCACUGUGUACGGGGCGAAUAGAUCCGACAGCGCCACGAGAUCCGCCAGAUACAAUGAUGAUGGCCGAUAGAAUAGCGCUAYUAGAUGCUGGCUAUCAUCCUGUUUUAAGUUUCCGUGAAGACGUCAGCAGCACUUUGCACUUGGAGGCCAUUGCUCGAAUUCCAGAAUGGCAGCAUAGAAUUAUGCGUUGUCAAGUUAAAAGUAUAGCGAAAAGCGUCUGGAAAGCUGAGCGAGAAGCCGAACGUGCAGCCGGACUUAACACAUCCAAGAAAUACAAUGAACCGACCGUGAAACGCCGCUACACAAAGAAAAAGGAUCGCUUGGCGAUGGAUGAAAAGAAUGCGGCGGCGGCAGCGGCAGCGGCUACGGCAACAACAGCAAAUUCUGCAAAUGCGUCACUAUCAACAAUUGGUUUUGCAACAGAUUCAUCGGCUAAAUUAACAAAAGGAGUCGGACUCGAAAAUGGUGGAGCGGUAACGAAUGUGUCAGCAGCUGGCGCAAAUGAAACCACAGCGAUAACAGCAACAACGACAACGUCAUUGCCGGCGAGCGAUGGUGGAAACGGUACUGGCAUUUUGUCUACGUCUACUACAACAACGCCACUUGUGGCCAACAAAGUGGCAAAAAAAUCAAAAAAGUUGCAUCACUAUCAUCUAGUUGGCGACGGUGUGCUGCUGGAACCGCCAAGACCCUUAUCACCGGUCGCCACCAAUCACAGCAGUCACAGUCAAAGCAGUUAUCACAGUCAACAAAGCGUCAACAGCAAUUCGGUACAUCAAACAAGCGACAAUCCUCCGCAAAAUUACGAUCCAUACAGUCCCAACCCAAUACAUUCAUCAUCGAUCUCCAGCAACAGUAAUGGCCUAAAUGGCGGUGGCGGUGGCAGUAGUAGUGGUAUUGGCAACCAUAAACAUAAUAAACAUCGUAAAAGCUCAGCGUCAAGCACAUCAAUGGGCAAUGCUAACCACAACAAUAGCAGCAGCAGCAAUAACACUCAUUUUCAACAUCAGAAUAAUUAUGCGACAUCGAACUACACCGGUGAAUCGAAUGAGGCGAAUUGGGAUGGUUUUGCGACACGUAGUCGCACAUCGUCGCCAACACAUGCAAGCGCAUCCGUCGGCAACAGCAACUAUCACAAAUAUGAMAGAUCUAAAAAUCGUACUUCGUAUGAUAUUGACAACAUUGUUAUACCAUAUAGUGUUGCGGCAGCGACACGUGUUGAAAUUUUACAAUACAAGGAAAUACCAACACCCAAAUGGCGUGUUAUUGAAGACGAUCGAACAUCUGCUCUUGAGUUAACUGACACAGCAAAUAUUGCGGAUAAUGCCGUUACUGCGAAAACUGAUGGCGAUAAGAGGUUAGAAAAUGAUUCCAGUGACAUUGUAAAAGAGACAUCAAGUGAUAUAACAACAGCAAGAUCCAAUGAAGAUGUAAAUAAAGAAAAAACAGAACAGGCSUCGUCAGUUGAAAAACCAACAGAAACAAUGACAGAAAAUAGAACGGAGUCAUCUGAAAAGCGGGAUGUUACUAAAGAAGUCCAGCCAGUAGAUGAAGCAGAUAUCACAAAUGAAAUUGAUGCUCCGAUCGAAGAAACGUCCAAAGUGCUAGAUCAUAAAAAGAAUAAUGUUAUAUCACAUGAUAUUUUGGCAAAAACUGAAAGUGGAAACAUCAAAGCCGAUGCAGCAACAGCUGCUGAUGCAGACGAGCCAACAGCGAAAAAAUUAAAACAUGAGGACGCUUCCUCCACURUUGCGGCUGAAACAGAUAAUGUAGACGAUCCUACUACAGGAGAUUUCGAAGAAAUUCAAACAACAGCGUCUGAGUCAAUUUUGGCUUUAAAGCGUACGGCGCGUUUGAAAUGCAGUGAUACAUUUCAGGAAGAUAACUUUGAAUAUGAUGCCACUGCGGAUGAAGCUAACGAGACAGAGGAUAUCUCUGAUGAAACCGUUAAGUUACGACAUGAGCGUGCGCUGGUUGAGGAACGUCGAAAAUUCCAAACGUAUUUAAAAUAUCCAUGGAGCACACGUUCGCGCGCCAAUCGGCGCAUUGACAGUCGGGCAGAAUCUAGUGGCGCCAACACUCCUGAUCCCACUUCUCCAGCGCCACAAACCGCCAUUUUAGGUGGAGGCGAUCACGAGAGUAUUCCAUCUCCUGCACCACCGGCAACACCGCUUAACCCCGUGGACACGGUUACGGAAUURACCGAGAAUGGUUUAAGUAAUGCUCCAGCAAGCAGCAUUGGCGGCACCUCAAAUUGUGCGAAUAAUAAUGAUUUAAACAAACGUUUAGAGCGCCGUCGCACAACAUCAACUAAAAGAGAUCGCGAAACGGAGCGACGCAGUUCUACGCCAGACCCAAAAGAGCUUGUGCCUCCAUAUGAACCUUUGAAAUUCCCACUUACCGAUGAGGAGUUUGAAGGAUUGCUAAAGGCAAUGCCCGUCGAAUUUCACUAUUUGAAUUUCGACGCAAAAUAUUUAGAAGACUGCAACAACACUGGUGCUGCUGCUGGUGGCUCCAAAUAUCCACGGCAUCGAAACAGUUGGCGUGGUGAUGGUUCAGCUGUGGUUAACAGACGUGGAAAAUCAAUUCAAAACUGUGAUGUUACAACAAAUAAAAGACAGCGAGUUAAUGGUGGUAAGAUACGCAAAGGUUCCAAAGGUGGUAGGGGAAGGCGACGCGGUAAUCACACACGCGUUAGAUUUAAUAAUGAAGCGGUGAACAAUUGUGUGAAUAGCGGUAGAGCGGACGAAGUUGAGGAAGCGGAUGAUGAUGGCGAUGAUGAUGACCUCGAUUUAAUGAUGUUUUUAGCYGAGGAGUAUGAUGAUUAUGAUUAUCCAAAACAUCAUUUGGCUCCCGAUGAUGAUCUCUUUGAUGCCGGUGCAGGUAGUGCUGGCUGCGUUGGGCCCUUUAAUGGUGGCGCACGUGACCGAAURAUGGAUAUAGACGAUGAGUACGAGGCUUAUUUAGGCCGGCGUCAUCGUGAUAGCGAUGCAGACUCCACGGACAGCGAGCCRUUCGCCGACGAUGAUCCGAACGAUCCGGAAUGGCGUGGCGAAAGUGAAGAUCGUGGCGGCGGCAAUGAACGACAACGCCGUACUGUGAGCAAAAUGUCGUUUCAUGCUGCGUUGCAUUAAUAUUUAGUGUGCGUAAUACUUUGUUGUUCGUGGUAAUGGCAUAGAAUUCAAUAUAUCUCSCAGUUUUAUGUAAAAAAUUACAAUGCCUGCGAGCAAACACAAUUAGUAAGAAUGUGUGCUGAAUGUAUGUAAUGUGGAUCUAAUGAAAUAAGGAAAAACAUAGUUCAGAUAGUUGCUCUUACUUAAUCAAUAGUAAUAUAACCUAUUUCAUUUCUCACAUAAUUUACAAGUUUAUAAGACACUAUUCAUAAAUAUGUAAACGUUUGGGUUUCUUAAUUUGAAAAAUUGUAA